AUGCCUCCAAGAAAUUUAUCGACAGCUUUGGAUGUUCAAAUUGAAGCGGGGCAGCAACAAAAUGCCAGAGUUUUUCGUGCACAUUCAGUUGUUUUGAAUGCGCGCUCACCAUACUUUCAAGCAGAAUUAGCGGUACUAUCGGGUUACGACUUGGGUCUACAAGAUUUAUGCGAACAACUACAACUUUAUCUUAUUCAAAAGAAGUCACUUUGGCUACUUCAAAAUUUCGCACAAACAAAGCGAAUCGCAUUCCAUCACGAGGCAUUUAAACGACUACAAUUAUUCUGUGAUCAAGUAAUUAGUAAUUACCCCGAAACUGUGUUUCUGGCGAAAGAUUUUGCAUUGUUAGAUAGACAAACAUUACUUUCGCUGUUGCAUCGUGAUGAUUUAACUACCAAAGAAAUUAAUAUUUGGCAGCGUAUUAUCGAAUGGGGAAUUGCUCAUACUUCUAAUAUAAAUUCUUCUAAUUCUUCGUCCGAAUGGACUCCUGAUCAAUUUGCCUCUUUGAAAGUGACUUUGGCUGAAUUCUUGCCUCUUGUGCGUAUCUUUCAAAUUUCUGCAUAUGAUUUACAAGCAAGAGUUUUCCCUUUUGUGUCUAUUCUGCCUAAUCAAGUAGUCGAAGAUUUAAUGAACUUGCAAUUGAAUCCUAAUCAUCAGCCAAUUUCGCAAGUUCUGCCUCCAAGACAUCGUCCUGUUAGAUCUCCGUCGACUCCUAUCAUAGAAAGUCCAUCCUCACCUAAUCAGACGACUUCGAAUACAUUAACUCCUGCUGAACAAGCACAUGCCAAUAAUGAAUUGGCAGCUAAUUUCUUUAGUUUAUUUUUUUGA